CUUCUAAAAACCGUAGAAAGUCACUGGUAGCCAAGUAGCCGUGGAAAAACACUCACGUAUUAGCCUUCGUUUGUAUGAAUAAUCUCUUCGAAAAACAAUGGCCCCAAAAAGCAGCGUUGAUGACCUCGAGAAGCCAAACCCCUUCCGAGUAGUAAUUGUCGGAGCGGGAAUCGGAGGUCUCGUCCUCACCCAGCUACUUCGAGGAGACCCUAAGUUUUCUGUCACUGUUUAUGAACGAGGAGGUCGAGAUGAGGCAGCCAGCUCUUUGACUGGUUUCCGUAUCCUCCUUUCAAAGGAAAUGCUCGCCGCAUUGCGGACUCAGCUUCCGGCAUCUGUCACAGAAUUAUUAGAGAAGGCUGUCGGCAUUCAACCUCCUCGCGGUCAGCAUAUCGCCUUGCUAGAUCACAAGUGUCGCGUGAAGUUGGGUAUGACCCCACCGGAUUUCCGUGAUGCAAGCUGUGUUUCGCGGUGGAAAUUGAGGACCGCUUUGCUCGAGGGUCUAGACAAUGUGAUACACUGGAAGACCGAGUUCGAAAGUUUCGAAGUGCUAGGGAAUGGUGGCGUGAAGGUCUAUUUUACAGAUAGAACCUCAACUGAGUGCGAUCUUCUCGUCGGAGCUGACGGAGCAGGGAGCAAAAUUAGAAAGCAACUGCUCCCUAGUUCGAAGAGGGACACACUUGGUGUCACCGUCUUGUAUUUCAAGAUGCCCUUUACUCCAGAGACGGAAAAGAUGAUGCCGUUCGGUUCAGGUUGCCUCAUCAUGGGCCCGCGAAGUUCAAUGGUUGUCUCAUAUUACAAGGACAAGGAAUUGCCAUAUGGACCUUACGAUCUCGACACUCUCGAUCCUGAGGGAUCAUAUUUGAUGUGUGGAUUGGGGUGCUACACAAACGAGUUCAUUGACCAGAGCAAACAUCCCGAUGAAAUGAGCCCAGAGGAGUUGAAAGCAGACUGGAUGAUCAGGACCAAACACUGGCAUCCCCUUCUCCGAUCAUUAAUAUCAAUGUCCAUUCCCGACUCUGUGUAUGUGGCUCACGUCAAGACCCAACACAAACUCAGGCUUUGGAAGUCUCAGAAUAUUGCCCUAUUAGGCGAUGCUGCACAUAGCAUGACCCCUUACCUUGGCAAAGGCGCCACUUCUGCCAUCGCCGACGCGCUGUCAUUAGCUGAACACCUUAGACGGCUAAAUGCAUGCAGCACCAAUGAACUUCCAGCUGUACUAGAUGACUACACCGCGGGUAUGUUGAAGGAGGGGUUCAGAAUGCAGAAGAAAAGCAAAAUGGUCCACAAUGUCGUCUUCAUGGGCACCAACCCAUUCUUAGGUCAUUGCCGAAAUGGUCUUCUUAGAUUUCUAGGGUUAUUCGUUGGUAGCAGUGACGAUAGAGGUACAAGGACCACUUAGGGGAUGGUUGUAAACAUGUGUUGUAUACAAAUUGUACCUAGGGGAGCAAAUGAU